CGAACAUGACAUUGUCGGUUGUUUUUUGUGUUCAGAUCGAUUGUUAAUCUCAUCAUCAGUUGUUUCCCACUCAUCUUUCUCUCUCUCUCUCUUCCCCACCUUAGCUUCAUCACAAGCAACAAACCUGUCUCUUGUUGGAUACUUAGUUGGCUGUUGGAACCACUGCAACACUCACUAGCUACUCAAAUUCUUCCCAAUUUUUCAUACCCCUCUUUCCCCUUUCUCUCCUUCACCCAAGCUUUAAUAACCCUAGCUUAAUUAGGUCUCUUUCUUCUCACUCAAUUCCACUAAUUAGGUCUUCCAAUUAAUGGACUUGGAUGGGAGGGUUGUUGGGAUUUGCACUACAAGUCUCAAUAAUGCUGCUAUCUUAUUAUUAGUUUAAUUUUUAGUGGUUGAGAUAAUUUGUAGGGUUUAUCAAGAAUGUCUUUACCUGGCGAAGACAAGGAAAUGGUGCAAUUAGGGUCCGACCCGCAUUCUGGCGGAUCCAAGCGACCCAUCUACCGCGAGUGCCUCAAGAACCACGCCGCAGGCGUUGGAGGCAACAUCACCGACGGCUGCGGCGAGUUCAUGCCGAGCGGCGACUACGGCACACUCGAGGCACUGAAGUGCGCCGCCUGCAGCUGCCACCGAAACUUCCACCGGAGGGAGCCAGUGGUGGUGCACCCGCUCCAGCUCCCGUCCCCUUCCAUGAGCCAGCACCACCACUGGAGCCCCAUGGUGCAGCCGGUCAAGAUGGCCUUUGCCGCCGCCACGGACUCGUCGAGCGAGGAGCUCAACUUCCACGCGGCUGUGGCGGCGGCGCCGCUCCCGCCGCAGUUCUCUGCGAGGAAGAGGUUCAGGACCAAGUUCACGGUGGAGCAGAAGGAGAAGAUGCUGGAGUUUGCUGAGAAGUUGGGGUGGCGAAUCCCCAGAGAAGACGACACCUCAGUGCAGAGAUUCUGCGCUGAGGUUGGCGUCAAGAGGCAGGUUUUCAAAGUAUGGAUGCAUAAUAACAAGACUUCUUCCUCUUCCAAAAAAAUCCCCCAACAAUUUUAGAACUUUUAAUUCUUGUAUGUCACAUUACUUAUUCAUUAUUAUCAUCUUUAAUCAAAUACGGAAUACUACAUUACACUA